UUCCUCUGUUUUCCCUUGUAAACACACUCACACAGACCUCACAGUCUUUGUCCUCUGACGUCGUCUCUUGUUGCAGAGCCGAGACAAAAAUAGAAAGCUCUUCUCUCAUGCCCAUGAGCAUGUGGUGUUUUGUGUGACAGAUUUAAACCCAAUCCCUUUCUUUUCGUCUUUUAUCUUAGAUGUUGAUGUCUUACCAUAAUGGAUUUGGACGGUAAAGUGGUUUGAAAGUUUAUUUUCCUUUGCUUGCCUCUGACAAGGAAACUGGAAUGUACACCAAUCAUAUGAAGGACACGAACAACAACUGCAACAAGUCUCUUCUCAGUGACCAGAAGGAGAAGCUCAUCCAGGCAAUUAAGAAGAUAAAACAUGAAGUGGAUGAAUGUCAUGAAGCAGAGAAAGAGACUUUUGCAGAUGCAGUCGAUGUGGAGAAUCAGUUUGAGGACAUGGAGCGGGAAAUCCGAUCUGAAUUCCAGAACCUUCAUAACUACCUGGAUGAGGAAGAGGAGAAAGACCUGGAACGGCUGAAGAAGGAGAGGGACAGACGAGUGAAAAUGCUGAAGGAGAGAGAGAGGAAGAUUGCCAUGCAGGGCCGAGACCUGGAGCGGGCCAUCGAGACUCUGAACAGCAAGCUAGCAGAAGACGACAGUCCCAAAUUACUAAAGGAAAUCAAAGAACUCCUGAAGAGGUGUGAGGUGAAUUUUGUUCGCCCGGCUCCUGUGGACAGUGAGAUUUGCUCAGGACAGUUUUUGGGUCCUGUUCAGUACAGGAUCUGGAAACACAUGAAGGCUUCUCUCUACCCAAACAUAUCGUCGUUGACCUUUGACCCAGAGACCGCUCACCCGCUGCUAACCCUGUCAGCUAACAACACAAUGGUGAAUUUUGAGGAACACAAGGAACCGGUUGCAGAUGACAACAAUAAACGUUUCCACUAUUAUUACUGUGUGAUGGGUCGAGAGGGCUUCCUGCACGGUCGCCAUUACUGGGAGGUGGAUGUGCGAGGCAAGACGGCAUGGCGCCUGGGCGUGGCCAGAGAGGACGUGUGCCGUGGUGAGAUGGACUCGUCCACCACGGCAAAUGGGCUGUGGACAUUGGCGUUGAAGAACAGCUUAAUCGUGGCCUGCACUGACCCCAAGCCCACGGUCAUACGCAGUGCCACUCUGCCCGUCCGCAUCGGCGUCUUCCUGGACUGCGACAGGGAGGAGGUGUCCUUCUACGAUGCUCUCACUAUGAUGCUGCUCUUCUCGUUCUCUCUGGAUUCCAUUCUCAUACCUAUUUACCCGUUCUACAACCCUUGUGAUACAGAUGAAGGGAGGAACCUCGCCCCUAUGUCCAUCUUCUAUCCUUCGCUCUGACAGAAGGACUGAGCAGAUGGACUUGAAGCACUUUCUAUGCUCUAAGAUUUCUCAUUAAUGGUAUAUGAUUUGUUGGAUCUUAAUUGUGUGUGUAUGAAACCUUUGAUGUCUUCCAAGUAUUUUCAUGUGGAAUAAAAAUGAACGUAACAGUGAACAUCAGGGUCAAAAUUAAAGUCUGUCUGGAUUAAAGGUUAAUGAACAGUAUAGGAAGCGAGAGAUCCAUGUAAAUGUUGGACGGAUGUUGAGUCAGUGUCUGGGUUUCAUAUUGUUC